CAGGAGCAGGAAACCCUUUGGAUUGUUCAUUCUAGUGUGAGUGCCUUCCUGUGCUAUUAUUCAAUUCAUUUGUUUAUUUAUUUAAUCUGUCGGGUUUCAAACUGGCAGAUUAAAUUAUCUCUUCACCUCUGGUCUGGUGGCGCCCCGAUAAUGUUGAGAUACAUGGGAAGGCAAACGCAUUGAGACAAGAAAUACCUAGUUUACAAAUGUCUUGUUUUUUAUGAUGGCUAGAGAAUAUGAUCAUUUAUUUAAAUUACUGAUUAUCGGGGAUAGCGGUGUUGGUAAAAGUUCACUUUUACUUAGGUUCGCUGAUAACACAUUUACAGGGAAUUAUAUAACAACGAUAGGAGUAGAUUUCAAAAUACGAACUAUAGACCUUGAGGGAGAAAAGGUUAAACUUCAGAUUUGGGAUACUGCUGGUCAAGAACGGUUUAGAACCAUAACAUCAACAUAUUAUAGGGGAACACAUGGUGUUAUUGUUGUGUACGAUGUUACGAGUGGUAGUUCAUUUGCAAACGUUAAGCGGUGGCUUCUUGAAAUUGAACAAAACUGCGAAGUUGUCAACAGGAUAUUAGUGGGAAAUAAAAAUGACACACCUGAUCAGAAGGUUGUGUUAACUGAAGAUGCUCAAAGGUUUGCUGAUCAAAUGAAUAUACAGCUUUUUGAGACCAGCGCAAAAGAAAAUCUCAAUGUAGAAGAGAUGUUUAUGGCAAUCACAAAGCAAGUGUUGCGCACAAAGAAGGAAAGGAAAGAACGUCAAGCGAACCAAAAUAAUGAUACUGUUAAUUUAAGAAAACCUAACAAAAGCAAAAGAAAGUAUUGCUAAUAUUAAUGUUCGCUAACUAUAAGAAAUGUAACCAAAAGGAGAAAAGAAGAGGUGGUCAUUAGAAUUAUAAUUAAUAUUUCUCAGUGUUUGUUUAUAUAUAACACAAUAAGUUUGUAUGGAUUUCACAAACAAUUUUACAAAAAUAAACGUUAUGAUCGUUCAUAUGUAUAUUGUACAUAAUUAAGGUUAGAAUUGUGGAGCUUAUACCUCUGGUUCCUUUUCGAGGCUCAGUUUUGAAUAAAAUAAAUUGAACUUUUGUAUAAUGUGCUAUCAGAUUAUUUUAUAAAAGUAAAUGCAAUACAAUGUUUGUAAACAAAAAAUUCUAUUAAUUGCUUGCUAUUUUUUUUAAUAUCUAAAAAUGGCAUUUCUCAAAGGAAAUCAAAACUAUUAAUUUCCUUAAAAAAUAAUAAAUUAUAAAAUAAAAUGAGACAAUCCCAUUUUUUUGUUGCAAAAAUCCUUUAUUGCCUAAUUCGGUUACAUAUAACUAUGUUAGAAUUAGGCCCAAUGUUUUUCACUGCAAAAACAAAAAUUGGACAUUUUUAUUUUGGUUAGUUUUAUUGUAUGAUAAAGGUUCACAAGCUUUUAUACUUGGAUGUAUAUUAAAAGGCAUGAAUGAUCAUCAUAUUUUUAGAUUACAUUUAGAGAUUUUUUUUUUCCAUCAGGAGUGAUGAUAGUUUAAUAUUGUUAUUUAUAUUCACCCAACAACCAUGGUUCAUGGUUGGAAAUAAAGAAGGAAAUAUUAUGUGAUCAAAAUUAUUUGUUAUAUUUUUCAAAAUAUAAAAAAUAAAACUGGUGCAAUCUUGUUACCAAAUUUGCAAACAAUCAAUUUGUAUGAAAUGAGAUACUGGUCCAGUAUGUUACCAAAUAGUGAUGGUUCAAAAAAUUUUUUUUUAAAAGUUAUAUCUAACUUAAAUUUUAUUCCUCUACUUUUAAAUCAAGUUUCUAGCACUGAAUUAUAACUAAAUUAUUUACUGUAUCAUCACAAAUUGUUUUUGUGGUAUUAAAA